GUAUUUGUAAAGUGAGAAACAAAUAUCGGUGCCGAGGUUAUACAAUGCAUACGAGCCAUUAAAUCCGCUGUGAGUAUCAAAAUCUAAAUUGCAAAUGGAGCUGACGCCGCUGAAUCUAAAUCUUUCACUUGCUCCCUCCAAUUUCUAUUUUAUAAGUUCAAAGUCCAGGGUCAGUUUUGGAUCGGUGAAUGUUUACAAGGAAAAAACACGAAGAAGAGAAACAGUAAAAGUACUGUCUUCACUACCAGAAACAGCAGCCUCUGUAGCCGUGGCUGCAACAUUUGUUGGUGCAGCUGCUACAUUUCUUAUUAGGAAAACUAAAAGCUCUGAAGUGACUGAGGCUCCUACAAGAACAUGCGAUGACUGUGGAGGUUCAGGUGUGUGCUCUGAAUGCAAAGGAGAAGGAUUUGUGCUAAAGAGAUUGUCUGAGGAAAGCGCAGAAAGAGCAAGAUUGAUGUCACAAAACGCGGCAACUAGAUACACAGCGGGGCUUCCGAAGAAGUGGAGCUACUGCACUAAGUGCUCAUCUGCUCGAUCCUGUGCUACAUGCGAUGGCCGUGGGAAACUAAGUGAGCUACAAUAAUCAGCGCUUCAUUCGACUUGGCUUGAUUGUAGCAAGGAAUGAGGAAUCCCGGCUGUUGAUUGAUCAUGCAUAGGUGUUUGUUGAAAUGUAGCUGAUUUUUGCAGUACAUACUUCGAUUUUGAAUGGUUCUUUAGAAUAAAUCUACAUUUGUUUCUA